AUGAAGUUCAUUUUCUGUAUUCUCUUUGUCCUCAGAUGUGCCAGUGCUCAGUUCAGUGCAACUGCUAAAGAAGCUAUUCUGAAAACUCACAAUGACCUCCGUUCUGCUAUUGCCAGAGGAAACUAUUCUGCUAAUGAAGUACUCAGGCUGCCAGCAUCCAACAUGCGUAAAAUGAAAUGGGAUUCGUGUCUUGAGGAAUCUGCUCGAAACUUAGCCAUAACCUGCCCGGAUGAUCAUUACGAAGGUGCUGAGUACGGAGAGAACGUUUUCGUUAUAUAUACGGGAACCCCCGGAUUAAUAAGGUACUGGGCUCUGGAACAUUGGAUAUCGCAACUUAAUUCCCAAUGGUAUGAGAGGACAAUCACAAAGGAUACUCAAAUGGCAUGGGCUGAGAUUGAUUCAAUCGGAUGUUAUCUUCAAAAAUGUGAACAGUGGUCAUCCGAGCCACCGCUAGACAAGAUCGUUAUGGUGUGCAAGUAUGAAUUACCAGAUAACCUCUCUUCUUCUCGCCUUUAUAAACCAGGAACGGCCUGCUCUUCCUGUGAUCCGGGAUUCACGUGCGAGACUGAUUCCGGAUUGUGCGUCUGA